AAACACCGUCUUCCCAUUCAUUCGCUCGUCGCCGUGUCUGCGGUCAAGUCCGAAAAAAAUAACGUCGCGUCGCACUUCUGCCGUCUGUGUUGAUGUGAAGAUUUUUUGAGGCAUUUUUGGAGUUUUGGUGAAAAUAAAUAAUCGCACACUCGAUGCGUUCUCUGGAAAAGUGAAGGGAAAUUGUGCGGAUAAUUUACGGAGUGUAAAAAUAAUGAUUUUGAAGCUGGAAGCCAUCUGAGUGUUGCCCUGGAAGUGGUGAUGGAGAAAAAUGGCAACAUGGGAAAAAUAAAAAGUUUCCCUUUUGCUUCUUGAGACCCACGGCUGCAAAGCUUUCAGUGGAUGAUACUUUCUCAUUGUUUCAUUGCUAACGAAAAUUUGGAUUUGUCUGCUGGGAAAAACAAGAUUGGAACGUUUCAUUUUGUGUUUUCGUUCUCGAGUGCCCGAAGAAAGUUGAUUGUGCAAAAGGAAAAACGGGAAAACUGCAUACGUGAAGGGGCGUGAGACAGGAGGAAAAACGCUUUUGGAUACCGAAUUUUGCGGCCAUCUUUCCAAUCGUCGCCGUCUUUGUUGUUGUUGUUGCUGUUGCCUGGCCUGCUGCGUUUUGUACGUGUUCGAAGCCAAGAAGAACCUUUUGCUCCAUUUGUAAAGGUGUGAGUGCGCCGCAUUCUCUAGAUCGUAGUGUGCGUGUUUUUCUGGGUGGUGGAUAAAAUUUUCGUGGAAAACCAAAGUGGGUCGCCUACUGUGGCCAGUGAAUUGCUAAAGAGGAAAACAAAAAAGGGGCACGACAGACCCUCGGAAGGUUGUUGAAGGUGUCAAUAAGAAAAAUUGAAAAUAAAUUGCGCUGAUGCGUUUCUGUAUCGGUAAAAGUGAAUCAAAAAGUGUUACGAUUUGAAUUCAGUGUGUAAGCCAACCGAAGAAGAAGAAUGUCUUCGCAAGCGACUGCAACUCCAGCAGCUUCGGCUGCUUCUACGGCGGCCUCGGCCACUGCCGGUGGCACCAGCAGCAUGGAAACCGACGAUCUGGUCGAUCCAAUGAAUGAUUUUCUGCCCUUGCUGCCGGAAAACAUCAAGCAGGAGCUGUUCGAGGGCACUGCGGCCGCAGCCGCCGCUGCUGCUGCCGACAAGGGCACGGCCAAUCCGUGCGAUAGCGCCGAGAAUAAGGGAGACGCCCCGGAAACCGCCUCCACCGACACACAGAUCCAGACCAAGUGCGUCUGGUGCCAACAGAUUCUGGCCACAACCGAUCGCCCGAAGCUGCUCGAAUGUCUGCACGUGGCGUGCGAUCCUUGCGUGAAACAAAAGUUCUCCGACCUGCCACACAACACACCGGUCCUGUACUGUCCGGUGUGCAAAAUGGAAUCCCGGAUGGAGUUCAUCAUCGACAAUGUGUUCCUGAGUGAGAACACGGCCGACGAUAAUCCCGGCAGCGUCGAGUCGACCAAGGACAUGAUCAAGUGUAGUAGUUGCUCGGACGAUGCCAUCGCCACCUCGUGGUGCGUCGAGUGUGCGGAAUUUAUCUGUGAUAGCUGUGUGCAGGCUCAUCAGCGACUAAAAAUCACCAAGGAGCACACGAUCAAACCGAAGGAAGCGGCCUGCAGUGAAACGCCCGGAAGCAGCGGUCUCCCCGGGAAGAACAUUAUGUGUCACAUACAUUCGCAGGAAAAACUGUCGCUCUACUGCGAGACGUGCGACCGGCUGACGUGUCGCGAUUGCCAACUGGUGGACCACCGAGAUCACAAGUACAAGUUCGCCAACGAGAUUGCCAGUGAAACGCGCAACUCCCUACAGGCACUGCUCAGCGAGAUCGGCUACAAGAAGGUGCUGCUGUCCAGCGCGAUGAAGGUGAUAGACGACCGGCAGGCGCUGAUAACCGAGAAGAAGAAAGAACUAUCCAAAGAGAUUGCCGACCUGGUGGUGAAGCUGACCAACGCCGUCAACAUGCGGGGCAAACAGUUGGUCUAUCGGUUGAAUCAGGUAUGCGACACAAAGUUGCAGGUUUUGAACGAGAAAAAGGAAGCUCUUCAGCUGCUGUCCGGACACACGGAUCACUGUAUAGAGUUUGUGCAGAGUGCCCUAGAAAAGGGCAGCGACAGCGCAGUGCUCUACAGUAAAAAGACGUUAGCGAGGCAUUUGCAAAAGGUGAAAUGCCAACGAGCGGAUAUCCCAAAUCCGGAGAUACCAGUUCGAGUGCAGUUGUUCCUAUCCAAUGUUCCUGAGUUACAAAAUGUCAUCGCCCGCAUCGGCACCAUUCUCGUCGAUGGAAAAGUUUACCCGCCGCCACCUGGACCAGCAGGCGCAACGGGCGUUCCACAGGUUCCAGGAGCAGUCCAAAACAGAUCCAAACAACCAAGUCCAAACAUCACACCUCCAUUGCGACCGGGAAUGCCCGGCCCAGGUAUGACCACGUUAUCUUCCAACAAUUCGAACGGUCCUGGUGGCUUCCCCAAUGUGCCACCCAUGUACAACGGUAACGGAGGUGUUCCAGUGGGAGGACCAUUCCCACCGAAUCAUCCAUUGGGACGCUCUUUCGCACAGGAAAACGGUCCCGGGGGCGGUUUUGGCCGGUUUCCGAUGGGCCCACCACACGGAAUGCCACCCCAGCAGCACGUCAGUUCCUCCACACAUCCUCAGAAUAUGGAUUUACGUAAUCUCUUGAGUCAUCAAAAAUCGAGUGGACCUAACCGCGGUUCGCCCAACAAUGCUCCGAGUUCGGCUGGAAAUGCUAAUGUUAAUAAUCAAUUUAACACAGCUAACUUCAUGGGUAGCGUUCCGCCUGGUUCAGCAGGUCCGCAGCAUCGGAUGGCCGCCCAAAUGGGUGGCGCACCUCCCGGUUAUCUAUCAGCCGGAGGCCAUCAAAACUUCAACCAAGGUCAACCCGGCCCAAAUAGCAACGGUAUGGGUAUGGCUGGCAACAAUCCACGUUUCCAGAACUUCCAAAGAUUCACUAUGCCUCCGGCUGCUAUGCGACAUAUGAUGGGAAAUAAUACCUCUACUCUCCUCACACCAAAGCAGCAAGCAGCAAUGCGAUAUCCCGGUCAGCAGACUCCACCUGGAUACAAUCCCAACUCUCCACAGCCCGGCCAAAUGCAACCCCAGCAUCCGAGUGGGAGUAGUGCAGGCGGUGGAGGCGGAGGAGGUGGCGCCAAAUGGCACAUUCCUCAGAACAUGCAGGGACAACAGAAUAAUGGAUUCGGUGGCCCUUCCGGACUGCAUCUUUUCGGAAACGGACCGAACGAGUCGUUCAAGAUACCCCUGAAAUCGCCGGACACGAUGCGAAAUUCGAUGAUGAUGAACGGCGGUAACGUUGGUCCGGGUGGCCCCGGAGGUCCCAAUCAAAUGGCGCACCAUCAUCAGCAGCAGCAACAGCAGCAACAACUUCAGCAACAGCAGCAACAACAAGCGAAUCAUCACCUCCAGCAGCUACAGAAUGCUCUUCCGAAUGUUAGUUCCACCAAUCCAAAAACUCCAUCUCCCAGUACGAAUGAGCCCGGAAAGGACUUUGCCGAAUCGAUCGACAAAACGUGCGAAGAUUCGGUCAACGACCUGAUGGCAACCAUUGCCAAGCUGGACUCCAACGGAGUGCAGGUCCUACCGGAGGGUCACCGGGGCAAAACUACCUCCCCGCAGGUGCACAGUUCGACGGAUCUCAACACCAGCGGAAUGGUGGCCGGUGCCGGCGCCAGUGUGCUAGUGGACGACAAAAGCCUGCCCAAGGAGCUGGACCCAAACGAAGACUGGUGUGCGGUGUGUAUGGACGGCGGUGAGCUAAUGUGCUGUGAUAAGUGUCCCAAAGUGUUUCACCAAACGUGUCACAUACCGGUGAUCGACAGCCUGCCGGACGAGAGCGAAACCUGGCAGUGUUUACUGUGCUACAACUUUGCCGAUCUGCCCCCAGAACCGACCGGUGAAAAGCGAAACGUGGGCAUCACACCGCUGGAAUUGAAGAUCCUGCAGAGGAUCAUACUGGAACUUUUCUGCCAGUACGAAACCAGUAUGCCGUUCCGGCAUCUGGAACCGGAAAUUAACAAAGCGUACUAUGACAUUGUGUGCAACCCCAUUUCGCUGACGAUGAUUCGGGACAAACUGGAGAUGACCAAUCCGGGUCACUACACCGAUAUUGCAUCGUUCGUUGCCGACAUCAGGCGAUUAUUCAGCAAUGUGUAUCUGUUCUAUCAGGAGGACAGUAUCACCUUCAAAAACGCCCACAAGCUAGAAAAAUUCUUCGAGCAGCAACUGGCCAAGUGGUUACCGAAAUACCUGGAGACUGAACAUUUCGUCGACGACUACCUGCAGAACCCAGCCAAGCGCAUCAAGAGCCUCCAAGAGGAUUAACAGUCAAUGCCGGGCGGUGGCAGCGGCGUUGGACCGCAACCGUUGCCGCACCACCAAUCUCCUCAACAACAACCACAACUAUCACCGUCACACCCAUCGCAACAAAAUCAGCGGCAGCAUUUUUUUCAGCAGCAGCAGCAGCACCAAACGGAACAGAAAUUUCCAUCCCCUGGAUCCAGCGAUGGAUCCAGGGUCAUCGACGGUACAACCACCAGCUGCAGUAGUACCACUGCAGCAACAGCAGCUUCAACUACAACAACCGCAAUCCCAAUUGGAGGACCAUCAGCAGCGACAGACUCCGGAGGAAGCACAGACGGACGAGCCCAGCAGCAGCAAGACGGGAGGCCUCGUUCAAGGGAGAACAAAACGAGUGCGCAAGAUGCGAAUGGAGGUGGACUGGACGCUGCUGCUAUUGCCACCGUCACCGAAAGGCCGCCGCAAGAAGCGGAAACCAGGACCUAAAGCUAAGCCGGGUCCAGCGGAACAGGCGAAGAAGAAGAAAAAGAAGAGCGAACAAGGACCGCUGCCUCAGGAAGAGACGUCGAUGGAAUCAAAGGAAAAGCGACCGAAGAAGCGAAAGCAGCAACUUUUGCAGCAGAAGGAGGAUGAAGAGAAAGCCUAAUCAUUGUAAUAAAAAUAGUGCUGGAAUGCGUCGCAGAGCGAAUGGAACCGUAUGUGUUUGUGUGAUUGUCUUUAUGGAAUAGUGUCGGCAUGAAUCAAAAGAGAAAUGCUUCUUUUUGGUACCUUACGGGAAAUUUUCGGAAACGGAGAAGAAUGCAACAAAAAAGUGUACAUAUUAGUUUUAUAGGAUUCUAUUUGGAUAAUUGUAAUACACGGUAACGAUAUUCUAGUAAGAGAUGGAAAUAACCACAACACUGCAAUCUCAAUCGAACAAAGCUAAAGUGAAAGAUCAAAUCUGGGCUGUUUCGCUGUUAUUUAGUAAUUUGGAUAAACUAAAUUUGAAACUACAAAAUCGCUGUCGGAGAUUUUUGCGGCGCAUAUCUGGGCGUCGGGUACAUAACCCGCAAGAGUAUGCGGCUUUAUUGAUUAAUUUUAAUUCUCAUUUACAACACUACUCUAUUAUUUAUUAUGUCACUCAUACAUCUACUAGGUUAUCACUUAUCGACAAAUAAAAAUGUGGCGUAUACUAACGGACGAAUCAUUGCGCAUUAUCGGUGGACAAAUGGAAUCAAAACCUAGAUCCGACGACAUUAAACAGAAAACAAAGUUUUUCUUAGUAGUGCGUAGAUUCCCUUCAAAUUUAAAAUAUUUCGGCUAAUUUUAACGCAUUAAAAUACACGAGUCAGUACGAGAAUCCAAUAACCAGAUAACCUUCAACAUAGAGCAAAGACUACCGAAUACAGAGAAUUAAGUUAUACCCCGAUCCUUCUUUGAAGUAUGUAAAAAAAUGAAAACCGUUUCACUUUCCUGUAAGCCUAGUGAGUAUAUACAUAGUUUUCGCGUAUAGAUUGAUCACAAACUCUCUUUGUCUUCUAUCGGUAAAUUUAUCUACACAUAGUUUAGGGAAGCGAGCUUUCUUGUGGUAUAGUGAACCAGUACGAUUUGUUUUAUUUUUCUGUAUACGAGCAGAAGUAAGUAGCUGUAGAACCGUUAGUAGAAGCAUAGGGAGACACAAAUGACAACUGCAAAUGUCUGAAUAGCGCGACGAGCCUCACGCAAAAGGCUCUUUCGUUCUCCCCCAAAAUGUCUCCUCACCCCACUCCCCCCAUGACAGCAAAGAACAAGCUACAAACUUACUCACCAUACGCUGAGUAUAGUGAACUUAUUUGGAGAAACUUGUAAAAACAUACCCAAAAAGAAUAACACUCACACACAGAGAGAGCAACAUAAAGUGGAGAACUAAAUAAAAACACGUAAAACUGAA